GCUUUUCUUUUGUUGAGUGGCACAUUACCACUUUGGCAUUUCGCAUACACGAAAUUCUGAUGCGGUAUAUGGAUGAUUUACUUGAUACAGCACUCUCAUAAGAAUUUUUUUCUGUGCCUAUCCAAAAAUGGCAAGCUCAAGAAUCAACGAGGAUAGGAGCAACCGAUCUGCUGCUUAUAGAGCAGUAUUAGAGGGAAAGAAACAGUCAGUAGAAACCUUUCGCAGUAUCAAUGUGGAUGCCUUCAGAUUACUUCUCCAGGAUGGUCUUGUGACAAUUGAAAAUCUGAAGGCAAAGAAUGUCAAUGGCCACACUGCAUUGCAUGAAGCUGCAAGAUUUGGCCACAAGGAUGUUGCAGAGAUCAUGUUAAGGACAGAAAAGGAUUUAGUGUCUGAGAGAAACAAACUGGGUGAAACCCCUCUUUUUGUGGCUGCUGCAUGUGGGAAAAAGGAAGUUUUCUCACUUCUGGAAAAGUACAUCGGUGAUUGCAUGAUGAGGAGGAAUGAUGGAUGCACAAUCCUUCAUGCUGCUGUAAUUGGAGGAUAUUACAGUCUAUGCUGGUGGAAUAUGAUGUGGGAUGUUGUUGCAUUAAAUGUUAGUCCUUUUCAAGUUUUCGCUCUAUUGUAUCAAACAGGUUUGGCAAUUGGCAUAUUGGAGUCGUAUCCUGAUCUUGCUGGCAAACGUAAUGAAAAAGGAAAAACUGCUUUACAUCUUUUGGCUGCAAAACCAGAGUCCUUCAGGAGUGGUUCUGCCUACACGCUCAACGAUCUUGGGAGGAAGUCCCUCAUUCCUCUGCAUAUACUCCGAGCUAUAAUCUAUUGGUGUAUUGCGGUCCUGUACAAGGAAUCACAACCUGUCAACAGUGUAGAAGAACCAAGCAAUUCUGCUUCUAUUCAUAAAUUGAACAGAUCUUCUUUUGCCAAUUUUAUCUUGGGUUUUCCUUGGCUUAAAGAAAUUGAUGAUGCAAAGCAAAGCCAUGCAGUUGCACUAAUGCUUGCAGAAAGGUUAAUCAGAAGAGAAGAUUGGAGCCACUAUGUGCAUACAGGGGCCAAAGAUCAUGAAGGCAGCCAGUUUGGGAUAUCAUCAGAAAAGAAAAAUAGUAUGCCAGAUCCACUAAUACAAGCAACGAGACUCGGCAUCAUUGAGGUAGUUCAGGAAAUCCUCAGCGUCUACCCUGAAGCUGUGUAUACCUUCGAUGGAAAAGGAAGGAAUAUACUGCAAAUUGCAGUGGAGGAGAAAAAAUGGUUCUUGUACGACCACUUGAUGACUAGUGGUACUGACAGGGACAGAAUGCUAAGCGCUAUUGAUCACGAAGGAAAUAGCAUUAUACAUCUCGCAGCACUCCUGGAAUCCCCUCCCAGCGUUCCCCCUGGAGUUUUUCACCAAAUGAUGUGGGAAGCCCUCUGGUUUAAGCGGGUGCAAUAUGACUCUUUUCCACAUCUCUGGCAACUGCAAAAUUCUGAUGGGACGACAGCAAAACAAGUAUUCGAGACGAACCAUGCACGUCUACGCGAAAAGGCUGAGGAAACUGUGAGAGCAUUGUCCAACAGUGUGUUGAUUGUGUCUGUCCUCAUUGGUACCAUAAACUUUGCUGCAAUUUUUACCGUACCCGGAGGUUUCGAUCAAACGACUGGAGAGGCCAUUUUUCUCAAGAACCGGCGCUGGGAAUUCGGCUUGUUGAUGUUCUACUUAGCUGGAGGGCUGUUCUCCUCUCUGUUCACCAUGGGGACUGUGCUUGUGAUCAUCUUUUUGCGAUUUACAACUGAGGAUUUUUAUAUUUCCCUGCCCUGCUACAUUGUGACGAACAUAAUUUCCAUCUUCUACUCCACGGUCUUCACAAUCGUAGCAGCUGGACAAGCAUUAAUAGUGCAGAAAGUCGUGAUUACCGACUACAGGCUCCUCGUGGUGGUCUUCUUUAUCUAUUGUCUGCUGGCCCUUGUGCUCAUGGAAACAUCAUAUCUGAUAUUCGACUAUGUGUAUUACCUAAUUCGUAAUUGCCUUUGCUAUAGAGGGCAAGAAUCUUAAGCACUUCCUUGCUUAGUCAUGCCAAUUUCGUGCAGACUGAAAAAGUUUGAGCAAGUUUGUGAAGAACUUUUGCAUGUCAUCUAUUGAUUUAGAUGAAUUUCAUAUGGGGAAAACCCAAUGAAGAAUGUAACAAUUAACAUGUUCAUGAAUAAAAGCUGAAAUCUAACUCGAAUACCA